AUGGCCGUUGAAGGGGAUGGAGGUUCGACUGCAGCCGGCUCGGCAGCAGGAGUCAGCCAUCUUCCUUGGCAACAAAUCCCGAAAUUUGUGCCGGGCACUACGAACCUUGAUGAUUACACGCAGCGCUUGAAGUUUCUCAAAGAGUUGUGGCCAGCCGAUAGCAUCCAGCACCUGGGGCCGAGAGCGGCUCUCCAAGUGGAGGGUUCGGCUUUUCAGAAAAUCAGCCGGGUUGCUCCGGAUAAGCUUCGGAGUCAAGAGGGCGUCCAGCUUAUCGUGGAGGCUCUCGGCGGAGCUUGGGGGAAAACUGCUGUUGAGGAAAAGUUCCAUUUCUUCGAGCAAGCCAUUUUUCAGGUGACACAGAAGAAUGACGAAACCAAUGAUUCCUACUUAGCUCGCACUGACGCCUACUUUGAAGAACUUCUUACGCGCAAGGUGACCAUCGAGGAGAUCAGAGCCUACGUGUUACUUCGCCACAGCCAACUUGCCCCGGAGGACAAGAAGCGAGUUGUCAUUGAGUCCAAGGGUGACCUCAAGUACAAGGAGACAGUCAAGGCGAUCAGAUUGUUGGGUUCCAAAAUUUUUGGGGACCUUCAGAACAAGAAUGCCACAGGAAACCGAGGAUUGGAACGGAACAAGAUCUACGACGUGCACUACACGGAGGAAAACGGAGCCGAGGAUGUGUACUACAGCGCCGUGCCCGAGGAGGAGCCGAGUGACGAGGACCUCCUCUGCUACUUCAUGGACCUCAACGACGAGGACGCCGUCUACAUCACCGAGUUCGAGGAGAGCAUCGUGGACGCCAUCCAAGAUAGCGAAUUGGCGCCAGUGUAUGUAACAUACCAGGAGGCUCGGCAGCGGCUCCGCGAUAAAGCCAAAGCUCGUGGAUAUUGGCCUGCCAAAGGCCGUGGAAAGACGAAGGGAUUCGGGAAGAAAGGAAAAGGAUCUUCGUCGUCUUCGUUUCCGGGGUGGGGCACUGGCCGCAAUCGGUCUCUCGCGGACCGUAUCGCCAAUUCCACGUGCCGCAUUUGCCAUCAGAAAGGACAUUGGAAGCGGGAAUGUCCCCGCCGAUUGGCCCAGGAUGGCAAUGAAGCCAAGGUGGAGGUAACCCACUUUACCCAAGAGACCUCGGACACCUUUGCCCAGAACCUCCCAGAGAUUCUCCAUGCCAUGCCACCGGAGUCCGAGCCCUACAUUGGAGAAGAGGACAGCCAGGAAGCCAGACAGAUCGGAUGCUUUGAAGCUUCAGGGCAAGAUGGCGACCCCAGAUGUGGACGAGCCGUUGGUAGCUAUCUCGAUGUGGAGUUUGUGCGCCCAAAGGGUGUGGAGACACUCCGCGCGUGGGGCGACAUGACCUUGACUGCGGGGAAGCACAAGACCAAGACCUUCGCAGCGGCGUUCGACGAGGACUUGGUGUAUGCGGUGACCAUGGCGCGCAAGCAAUCCCUCACCAGCAGCUGGGCCAUCUCAUUCAAGAAUUAUUGCCUUGCCCGUCUGAAGGCAGCAGCUCGGGCGGAGCAGAUGGAGGACCAGAAGCGCCAAGGGAAGGGCACCCGGAAAGCGGCGUUCCCAAAUCGGAGCCAGAACACCGCGACCUUAGAGGACGAGGAGGCGGCGUUCCCAAAUCGGAGCCGGAACACCGCGACCUUCAAGGACGAGGAGGAGUUCGGGGAAUGGAAGCUGUGCCUCAACGAAGGCAGAGCGACCGGAAGCUCAGCAUCGACGGCCGAGAAUCACAAAGGCAAGAGGGCGAAUGCCCAGGAUCCCAACCCCGCGAUGAACACCGACCUCACCGCGGAGCAGCGCCUCGACAUCAUGACCAGGAAGGCGCUACUGCAAAGGGAGCUUGCGCAACUGGAGCAGUUGGAUCCGUCUUGGGACGAGAAGAUAGAAGACAAGCUCGGGAAACUUGAUAGUGAGACUGAAGACUUCCGGAAAAAGAUGCACUACAAGCUUCCUCGGCUUGAUGUCCUGGAAAUCACUCUGGCGGACAGUGGAAUCAGCAAUGCCAUUCGGAAUCGCCAGGGCCGUGCAGUAUCCAUUAAAACAUGGGAUGCCAGUCGCAUUUGGUUCAUGAUACAUAUGUACGAGCCCAAGCACCUCUGGAUGAAUGGCGGGAGACAGGAUCCUUCAAAGGUAUUUUGGCCAAAAGAGCUAUUGUACGACCUGUAUGAGCAUCAAAUUGAACACGGGCGCCAUUUUCAUCUGUGCACUGGUCAAAAUAUCUUUGCAGAGUCCUCUCCGGAACUGCAGGACGUGAUGCACGGCACCAUGUGCGCAGUUCACUGUCCUUCGGAGGCGAUGGGAUUGGGAAAGAUGCGCGGCAACAAUUUUCUGAACAAGAAAAGCUUUAUCUAUACGACUUCCAGAGUGGUACAUGAGGCAAUCGACACACGUAAGGAGCCGACUCACCUUUCCAACCCCAGCCAAGCAACAAGCAACACGUCUGCACCACGAAGCCCGACAUGGCAGCUCCGACUGGCUGAGCAAGCAGCAGCAGCAAUGAUCUCUGACCGUAGUGUUCCUUUGUACCUGUCUGAGUUACUAGUAGCAGACCUUAAGCGUGAAGGGGACCUCAACUUGAGUAAUCGUGCCGCGCUUGAAAAUGUUCAGCAAGUUGUGAAGCGCCGACGGCUUCUUCGGAAGCAACCGGCACCGGAAAUGUGCAAGGCUCGGGAUCAGUUCAAGGAUGCCUCGUGGAUAGCUAUCUUUAAGAAGUUUGAUGUUCCUCACCGUGGCAGGGUGUACUUCAGGGAUGGGGAUGAGGUUGUAAAACAGGUUCAAACACUGAUCCCGCAAUUUCAAAUCAAGCACGUGGUGAUGGCUCGUGGCACCAACCGUGUUCAGCUGCCAAAACCUGGUCUCGAGAUACAGGAUAUUCCCCUUCGCCAAACCAUAGUGGUUUCUAGGGACAAUGGUAAGGUGAUGGCAGAUGGUGGUUGCGAGCAGUGGACAAAGCCUGCAGCGAUUCACCUUGAUGCCGAUUUCGGGGAUGUACUGGGCAUGGAUGUAGCAUAUUGGAGUGGGCAAAGUGGACAUAAGUACAUGUUCACACACAUCCUCGAUGAGGCAACGUUGUUUCAUCAAGCUACGGCCACCGGUAGGACCAUGGAAGACCAGUACGAAGUUCUCACCGACAGCUGGAACAAAUGGGCUGGACCAUGUCAACUCCUCUACGUAGAUCCUGCAGGUGAGUAUGUAGGAGAGUGGUGGCGAGAGAGGCUGCAGCGUGACGGUGUUUGCGCUAAAGUAGCUGCUGGUGAGAGCCAUUGGCAGGUUGGUAGAGUGGAGGCUCACGGGAAAAUUCUGAAGGCGAUGUUGUCCCGUAUGGAUGCCGAGACCCCAAUCACAGAUGAUGCAGAGUUUAGGCAGUGUCUUAGAGUCGCAGUCCAUGCAAAGAAUUCUCUUAGUCGAGUGCGGGGUUUCACACCGGAGCAAGCAGUUUUUGGCAAGUCGUCCAGACUUCCAGCCAGCCUUGUCUCAGAUGAGUUGACGGCUAGCCAUGCGCUGGCCACCAGCUCACUUCCCGAGGGUUUUGAGAUUCCUGUAGACAGUGGUGAGACCCCGCCUUCGGCGGUAGAUCCUGUAGAGGUUCCUGUACCAGAGGACGAAGAUGACCUUCUCUUCGGGGACUCUGAAUGGAAAGAUGGUCGCCAGUUGAUCUUGCAACAAGUGGCUUCUCGACAGUGGAAGCUCAUCAAUUUCGAUAUCUCCACAGCUUUCUUGCAGGGCAAAGGGGACGGCAGGAAGUUGGGCAUCAAACCUCCCGAAGAACUCCGAGAGGCUUUAGGUAUGGGUCCCACUGACCAGUGCCGCCUUGAAGGCGGAGCGUACGGAAGGAUUGAUGCUCCUUUCUUGUGGUUCCAGACUCUCAAGCAAACGUUGGAAGAGCUGGGAUUCAUCCAGAGCCCUUUUGAUCCUUGCACGUUCAGUCUUGUCACUAAAGGACCUGGUGGGGAGCCUAGGGUACACGGUGUUCUAGGGAUCCACGUUGAUGAUGGUAUAGGCGGGGGUGAUGCAUAUUUCAGCAGGGUCAUUGAGCAGUUGCGGGGCAUUUAUAGCUUUGGGUCCUACGACGAAGGAGAGUUCGUGUUCACCGGGAUUCGUUUUCGACAGUGGGACGACGGAAGUAUUGAGAUGGAUCAAACAGCUUAUCUCGAAAAGAUUAUGCCUAUUCAUGCCAAUAAGGUGCUUCACGAGGCAAAGUCACACGCUGUGUCCCUGAUGGUGGUACCGAUUCCUGAGAAACACCUUACCUUCUGCACAUUUUCCGAUGCUUCUUUUGCUUCGUCCAAGGAUAACCAUUCGUAUCAGGGCACUUUGGUCAUCGCCACGGAUUGGCGUAUGCUUCAGAAUCAGAGGGCCGUGAUUGUUCCAGUAGCGUGGGCAAGCAAGAAGAUCUCCCGAGUUGUGCGCAGCACUUUGAGUGCUGAAGUGGUCGCGCUGUGCGGCUCGCUUGACAGAAUGUCAUGGUUGAGGCUGUUUUGGGAAUGGAUUAAGAACCCGGGAAUUGAUAUUUCCCACCCUGAAGAAGUUUUGAAAGAAGCUCCCAAAGCCUCGCUUGUGACGGACUGCAAGAGUGCUUACGACGUGCAUCAGUCGAAGAUUCUGGCCGACAUCCGGCUCAACAGCGACAGAGGAGGGAGGGCAGAGGUUCGCUUGAGCUGUCAAAAGGAACAGGGUUCCGCGGAAGGGGCUACAAUCUAG